AUGGGCGACCCAAUCUCUUUUUCUGUUGAGGAUAUGGAGAAGCGACGCCGCCGCGCUAGCGCUGCUCGAAAGGCUUCGAUUGUGCGUCCUCCUUCGCCGCCAAAAAUAGAAUCCGAGUCCUUGGCUGUCAUCAAUGAAAUAUUUAACCCAACUUAUAUAAAACCAGUUACCAAAGGUCCCUAUCGCGCUCCCGAUGAAGUGUCUGCCGAUGACUUUGAAGCUAUGAAGGAUUUAGAUAUUAGCAAAGUGGCUGAAUUGAAGGAAGUUUUUCUGCUGCUCGACCUGGACAGCGAUGGUUUGAUAUCGAAGGAUGAUUUACGUUUCACUUUCACAGCGCUUGGCACAGACACACCUGACGAGCAGAUCGAAGAAAUGUUAAAAGAGGCAAAGGAUCCCUUGGAUUAUGAAGCUUUUAUCGAAUUAAUGAGCCACCGCACCGUGGAGUUGGAUCCUGAGGACGUGUUAUUGGAAGCCUGGAGUAAGUGGGAUGAUUAUGGCACAGGCAAAAUAGAGGAGAAAAAAAUGUAUGAAGAACUUACCAACUUCGGAGAUGUCAUGACCACGGCUGAAGCCAAUGAAGCGCUUAAAUAUGCACCGAUAGCCAAAGCAAAAACACUUGAAGAACCUCCCAUGAUUGACUAUCCGGCCUUCUGUCGUAUCUUGUGUGGUAUGCGAAAGCGAAAACCACGACAGGAAGAUUAA